AGAAAAAAUAUAACAUAAAUAGACAGAGAGAUAAGAGAUAGAAGAAGGAAAAGGCUAUUCCAGUAUAAAUUGAGUCACUAUGAGUACUGACCCCUCCUACAUUUAAAUACUGACCCCUCUUCCGAUUGGUAAUUAAAUCUUUUAUUCGUCAUAUUAACCUUCACGAAGUUCACUUCUUAUUAACAGCACAUCAGAAGUUUCUUUCAGCGUGAAGAAAAAGACUGUUGAAACAGGUAAAAAGUAAAUUGAAAGAUUUGUUAUAAAAACAUGUCUGGAGUCACUGGAGAUAUCAAGAAGUUAUUUAACUUCAAAUAUAAAACCAGAAAUGACUCGAUCACAGAUCAAUACAAUCGUGUAUAUAUGGUAAAGGCGAUGUUGGUUGCUGCUUUCCUGACUGGUAUGAAAUGGUAUAAAGAUCCCAUCAGAUGUGUCAUACCUAAAAAUAUGGAUAGUAGUACACUGUCAAGUUAUGGCCCUGAGUCAUGUUGGAUUAAUGGAUUUUACGUGUAUAAAGAACUGCGUCAUCUACAAAACUUCCAGGGAUAUUAUGGGUUACCAAAUAGGGCGGAACAAAAUGGAACUAACAUAUACAGUGGACGCCCAUGUGUUGCCAAUAAGCAUGACACCUCAUGUAAGCCUCUCACGAAAAUGUUUUACUUGCAAUAUCAGUGGUUUCCGUUCUACCUAGCCACACUAGCUCUUCUGUUCUACCUUCCCUACAUCUGGCAUCGAUACGUUAAUAAUGACUUGCUAACACUAAAAUCGUGUAUCAAAUCGCAAAGCCCAGACAUCGACGACAUCGUGCACAAUUAUUUCAGCAAUUACAUCAACGCGCCGAAUCAGCAAAACAUGAAAAUCAUCCUGAAUAUCAUGAUAAAAGUCAGUUAUCUCCUGGUGAAUGUGUUAAGCUUUGUUUUCACGGACUCGGUGUUAAAUGGCGAUUUUAGAAGGUUCGGAACCAACUGGAUUCGCUGGUCUUUACUACGUAACAGCAUGGCACAUAAUUAUGUGGGUCUCCGUACUACAAUCAAACCAGGGGAAAUGCUGCUUCCGACAUUUGGGUUUUGCGACAUCAUGGAGAUGGGAGCCGAUAAAAUUCAUCAUGUUGGCAACAAUCUCACAUCGGUGUGUGAACUCAGUCAGCACGUUCUUUAUCACUAUGUUUUGAUGGCAAUUUGGUUUUUACUAGUUCUUGGUAUGGUUGUUAGUGUGAUUGGCAUCGGGCUACUUUUAUUUCAAUAUAUCUACAGAACGGUUAUGUUUGGGAAAUGUGAAGUUGCAGCGAUGCGGGUGUUUAGUGUAUUGACGAUUCGACAAGGCGAAUACUUGGAUUUCAUUCGAAAGAAGAACGUGCCUGUAUAUGGUGCAUUGAUUCGAAAGUUGUACGCGGCAAAAUUUGGAAGUCGUGCAAGCUCAGAAGCUGAAAGUACUAUGAAGGAAAUGGAGUCGCCUAACCUUUAACCUUUUUUUUAACUCUUGAUGUGUUUUUAUUUUCUUUUAUUUUUCGAAGACUUUUUAGUGGCGUGGAUUUAUAUAACGUUUUAGAAUUUGUUGAGUAAAAAACAAUUUAUGUAUUUUGGAACGGGAUGGCUUUUUCGAUAUUGUAUUUCUUGUAAUGUUUUUAAAAGCAAUUUAGAAAAUGCCAUGA